UGCCGCUGAUUGGCCGACGGGAAUAUAUAAAUGGACGUCACUGCACGCGGCCUCCCUCUUUCGCUCUCUGAGCCUGGCGUGGUCUCCAUACGGCGUUGUCACCGGGUUCCCUGCCGUUACUUUAAAAGGGGAACUUUCACAAUGUCCGGAGGUCUCGAUGUCCUGCAGAUGAAGGAGGAGGAUGUCCUCAAAUUCCUUGCUGCAGGAACCCACUUGGGAGGCACCAAUCUAGACUUUCAAAUGGAACAGUAUAUCUACAAAAGGAAAAGUGAUGCCCGUGAGGGAAAUCGCCGCUCAGGAACUGCCCCCACGACCUGCCGUUUUUACAAGGAGCUGGAUGCCAUACUUGGGUGUGACCCCACUGCCAAUCCGAGGAGCAGGAUGGAGAGUUCAGAGCAGGGAGAAGUGGGGGAGGGUGUAGAGGAUGCCGAGAGUGAAGCUACUGGGGUGGAAGGAGACAUCCCGGAGUCCCAGGAGGCAUGCAGCCAGGAGCUCUUCUCAAGCCAGGAGGAGGCUAGCCAGUCGCAGCAGCGGGAAGUUGCUGGUGAAGAAGCAGAGGAGCGUGCUCGGGUAACCUUGACUAAUGCAGCCGGAUCAACGGACUCCCGUCGGUUGCAGAACUUGAGAAAAAAUCCACGAAAAUCAAAAGAAGAAUUGAUCAAAGCAGUUAUGAAUCACUACACCAGAGAAAGUAGGAAGAUGCAGGAAUGGAGAGAGAAAAUGCAUGAGUGGAGGCAAACACAAAGCAGGAGAAAGGAAUUGGCUACCAAAAAAACCUCAAAGCGGCUGAUAAGCCUCCUGGCUUGCCAAACUGACUCUUUCGAGUCUCUCGUAGCCAUGCAGGCAGAUCUGUACCGUGGUAACCCACACCCCUCCCAAAGCUCUUUCUUGUUCCCCAGUAUUUGCACAAAACAUCUUUCUCCAGCAGCCUGUUUCUUACUACCCUCAGCUGCCCCCAACACCUGUACGAUCACCUACCAGCCCUAAUAACUACAAUCCUUACCCUGUGCACUCCACCCCCGUUACUCUGCAGCAUAGUAAUCCUGAAGUGCAGCAGACAUUGAACAGCAGUCCAGACAGGACAUAUUCAAACCUCUGAAUGUACAGUC